AUGUGUCGUUUUUUAAUUUUCAAAGGAACUGAGCCUAUUAAACUUUCCCAUCUUUUAACGAGACCUGCUCAUUCUAUUAUUAACCAAUCCUUUGAUUCUAGAUUAAGACUAGACAGAAGAAGACCAAUUAAUGGUGAUGGAUUUGGUGUCGGUUACUACUCUCUUGAUCCUGAUUUAUAUGACCAACCUUGUUUAUUUCGUGCCAUUACUCCUGCCUGGAACAAUCAAAAUUUAGAGACCUUGGCUGAAAGAACUAAAUCAAACUUGGUUUUUGCUCAUGUUAGAGCGUCUACUUAUGGGGUCUUGAGUGAAACCAAUUGCCAUCCAUUUGUUUUGAAUUCCUUGAUGUUUAUGCACAAUGGUGGUAUUUCAAAUUUUAAUAAAAUCAAAAGAAGAAUUUUAGCGCAUUUGAAAGACGAGUAUUUUCUCUUUAUCCAAGGUUCAACUGAUUCGGAAGUUUGUUUUGCUUUAUUUUUAGACACUUUAGAUAAAAUGGGAUAUGAUCCCCAUAAAAUAUUUGGAAAUUUUGGUCAUGAUGUUCUAAGAACUUGUUUAUUGAAAACAAUUGAAUAUAUUAAUAAAUGGUUAAAAGAGAUUUCAAAUGAUAUAGAUUUCAAUCCCGAGCCUUCUUUAUUAAAUUUUGCUGUAACUGAUUCAUCUUCAGUGGUUAUAUCCAGAUAUAUAACUUCAAAGACUCAAGAAGCUGCUUCAUUGCAUUUUUCCUGCGGAUCAGCAUUUGUUGAAUAUGAACCAGGUCAAUAUAAGAUGGAAAGAUUGGAUAGAAGACAAGAUAUUAUCAUGGUUGCUUCAGAACCCUUAACAUUUGAGAGAGGUGAUUGGAUUACUGUUCCAACUAAUACAACCUUAACAAUCAAGGGUCAAACAGUUCUUUUACAUCCAAUUAUCGACGAAUAUUAUCAAAGAGAUCCAUUAUUUGAAAGAAGUAGCGACUUUGCCGAAAGUAAAGGUUUAAUGGGCAGUGUCCCAUUAAGUGAUAAUACAAACUCUGAGGUUCCUCCACUAGAAAGAGAAGGCAGAUCAAGAAAUAUUCAAACCCCAGUUUUUACUUGCGGUUGA